GGGAAAUGACGACAUUGUUGGCGGAAAUAGGGUUUGAUUACCUGUGCGGAAAAAAAUGGCUGUAGCCAGUUUGGCUACUUUUUGUAGAAGAGUCUCAGCAGUCUUGAAGGCUUCUGUGUCAUUAAUAUCUCCUAAGGCCCCCGCUAGUUCACGAUUUUCUCUUAGUUUGUUAUCUACAAAUGCACCAAAUAUCACAUCCUUUCAGCAGUGUAGAUUACUUCAUACCACAUUGUCCAGAAAAGGACUGGAAGAAUUUUUUGAUGACCCAAAGAACUGGGGGCAAGAAAAAGUGAAAUCUGGAGCUGCAUGGACCUGUCAGCAAUUAAGGAACAAAAGUAAUGAAGAUUUACAUAAACUUUGGUACGUCUUACUGAAAGAAAGGAACAUGCUUCUAACUCUGGAGCAGGAGGCCAAGCGGCAGUGCUUACCCAUGCCAAGUCCCGAGCGGUUAGAAAAGGUAGUUGAUUCCAUGGAUGCAUUAGAUAAAGUUGUCCAGGAAAGAGAAGAUGCUUUGAGGCUUCUCCAGACUGGUCAAGAACGAGCCAGACCUGGCGCUUGGAGAAGAGACAUCUUUGGAAGAGUCAUUUGGCACAAGUUCAAGCAGUGGCCUAUACCUUGGUACCUAAAUAAAAGAUACAACAGGAAACGAUUCUUUGCAAUGCCUUAUGUGGAUCAUUUUGUCAGACUGAGAAUUGAGAAACACAUCCGCAUGGAAACAAGAAAGAAACGCUUGGAGAGAAAGAAACAGAAAAUUCUACAAGAAAAGUUUCCACAUCUUGCUGAAGCCCAGAAGUCAAGUCUUGUCUAAAAAAAAGUCUAAACUAACUUUUUUUGUUGCUGCAUAGUAGUCUAUGUACAAAAAUAUAUAUUAAGUAGUUCAUAAAGAAACUUUUUUAUCAAAUGACUUAGCGAUGUUCUAAAGGUUAACAUGAUGUGAAUUCUCAAAGUGGUCUUGCUUCUACCACAUUUUUAAACAUCAAGAAUAAAGUUCAGACCAAGUACUCAUCUUAAAAAUUCUGACAUCUACACAUGCUUUAACAUCACCUGCUGUCCUACAGUACGAAAGUGGUAGUAACAGUCAAAGCAAAGAAAGUAAAGUAGUUUUGGAAUUCA